AUGUUCUCAUCCCUGUUGGACGCGGCCCGGAACUCGCCCUUCCGGGGCCCCCUCUCUCCUGCACAAUGUGAACCAGCUGCAAUUGCCGCCCCACAAGCCGCACAGAGCGGCAUGGCGGCCGCUGCGGUGGUGCAGGGCGACUCCUGCGAGUUCGCUUCGCCGAAGUACUUCGCGCUGUGCGGUCUCGGCGGCAUCCUGUCUUGCGGUACGUCGAUC